GUGCGCGCAUGCGCAGCGCGGGGCAACUUCGGAAAUCUUGACAAAAAAUAACAAAGUAACAAACCACAGUUCACUUUUGUGUCUGAGCGUGAGUGCAGUGUCUGUGGUGCGUUGUUUUGACACGGCCUUCCUCUGUUGUCGGGGCCGGAGUGUAACACACGGAACCAGAUGACAGUAGGAUGCGUUCUGAACUGCUGUUUUUUAUUAUAGCACUUUAUGCAACAACAGCUGAUUGCGCAAAGAGACUUAAUAGGUUUGUACGACACUAUGAGCCUUUGAUGUACAAUCAUGAUGAUGUCCAUGAACGACACAUGCGCAUCAAAAGGUCUCCACAAGACCGAGACGCAGCACUUCACCUCAAGUUUUACGCACAUAACAGACAUUUCCAUUUAAGGCUAAAACGCGACGCAUCAGUAUUCAGCAAUGACCUUGUGAUAGAAGCACAUGACAGGAGACCGCUGGACGUAGACCUGUCACACAUUUACUCUGGGCAUUUAGUAGGGGAGCCAACAAGUCAUGUAUUUGGGGCUCUACAUGAUGGCGUUUUCGAGGGACGCAUCGAGACAACAAAGGGCCACUAUUACGCGGAGCGGGCCAACAAAUACUUUACCGAUGAACGUCCAUACCACUCUAUCAUGUAUGCUGCCAGCGAUGUCGAGCUUCCAGACCACGAGAAUGACACCGCUCGGCCUGGCUGUGGCAUCACGGAGGACGUGCGGCAAUGGAUGGACAGAGUUGCCAACAGCGCUGUGCCAGAUACGGCUGAGGGUGGCUGGAGCAAGCCAAGGCGUGCUGUGCGCUCUCCGAGCGAGGAGCGGCACCACCAUUUUUCAGAGGCACCGCAAGCCAAGUACCUGCGGUCAGCAGGCGGCCUGCAUCUGGGCACUGGAGGGACCAGCUACCUGCCCAAGAGGCGCGUCUGCAACCUGUUUGUGCAGACAGACACCUUCCUCUGGGACCACAUCACAAGCACGGGCAGGGACCCUGUCAAGGCGCGUGAGGAGAUCUCCUCUCUCAUAGCCCAACACGUUGAAGCUGCCAGCCGCAUCUACCGGAGCACAAACUUCAAUGGCAUUCGGGAUAUCAAGUUCGCCGUGCAAAGGAUACGGAUCAAUGACAGCUCAGCUUGUUACGAUGAAAGACAUCGUCGGUCAAAUCCGUUCUGUGCGGGCAACCUGGAUGCAUCCAACUUCUUGAACCUCAACUCCUUAUCCAACCACGAUGACUUCUGCCUGGCCUAUGUGUGGACCUUCAGGGAUUUCCAGCACGGCACCUUGGGUCUGGCCUGGGUGGCAUCAGUUAAUGGUGCAUCUGGCGGUAUUUGUGAGAAGUACAAGACAUACUCUGAGAACAUCAACGGAAAGUCUGAAAACGUCAAGCGCAGUCUCAACACUGGCAUCAUAACGUUCCUCAAUCACAAUGCCAAGAUCCCGCUGAAGGUAUCUGAGAUCACCUUUGCCCACGAGAUAGGCCACAACUUUGGCUCCCCUCACGACUACCCACCAGAGUGUGUGCCAGGAGGAACGUUGGGCAACUACAUCAUGUAUGCCAGUGCCACCCAAGGCCACCAGCCCAACAACCAGCGCUUUUCACCAUGCAGUAUACGAAACAUCUCCGCUGUGCUGUCAGCAAUCUUGCGCGGAGAGCAGAAGGAGAACUGCUUCCAGGAGGAUGAGGGUCCGUUCUGUGGCAACAAGAUUGUGGAAGGAGACGAGGAGUGUGACUGUGGCUACGAGGAGCAGGAGUGCAUGGAGGACUGCUGCUACCCUCGUGAGCACCAGGGCAAAGGCUGCACCCGAAAGCCCAGAGCCAUCUGCAGUCCGAGCCAGGGUCCUUGCUGCACCAACAAGUGUGAUUUCGAGACCAAGGAGAAGCUGUGCAAGCUGGAGUCUGAUUGCACGGAGCUGUCAUAUUGCGAUGGGAAGCAGGCGAGCUGUCCCAACCCAGUCCACAAGCGCAACAAGACAGAGUGCAACAAUGGCACCCAGGUGUGCUGGAACGGGGAGUGCAGUGGCUCCAUCUGCGAGAAGUAUGGCAUGGACGAGUGCUCCCUCACUGAUGACACAAACCCAUCACCCGACAAGAUGUGUGAGGUGGCCUGCCAGGAGAAAGAUAAGCCAGAGUCCUGCAAGAGCACGUACGAGAUAGAGCGCAUGAAGGAGAUUCGGGGCAUCAAGCUGCGGCCUGGUUCCCCGUGCAACAACUUCCACGGUUACUGCGACGUCUUCCAGAAGUGCCGCAAUGUGGAUGCAGAGGGCCCACUGGCACGGCUCAAACGACUCCUCUUUGACAAGCAGUCACUGCAUACGGUCAAGCAAUGGGUCACGCUUAACUGGUGGGCUGUCCUGCUGAUGCUGGUGGCACUCAUAGUGGUGAUGGCAGUGUUCAUCCGUUGCUGCGCCGUGCAUACACCCAGCAGCAACCCACGAAAGGCUCCUGCAUUGCGCAUCAGCGACACAUUGCGCAGGCCUGGUGACACCUUCCGCAGAAAGCGACGAGUGCCCGAUCCUUCCGCAAUGCCCGGUGGUCCACCACCCCCGUACCCUGGUGGUCCACGGCCAAGCGCACCUCCGGCUGGCCCAUCCCACGGCUAUGGCCAUGGCCGAGGCCACUACAACAGCCGUGUCCCCGCUGCGCACGGUGUAGCGUCAUCUUCCGGUUCCUCUCGACACCACCAAGGGUCACGGGGAGCCGUGCCACCCGAGGUGGUUGAGCUGCGACCAGCUGGCAAGCGGCACCUUUGACACCACCGGCGGGAACACCGCUGACUGCAUAGGAGAUGGAAGGGCCUGCCUGCCUGCUGAUGCCUUCCUACCUGCCAAAAGACAGUGUGCCAGCGUGGCUGGCUGUGCCUCGCCCCAUCGCCAACACCACUGCAAGUGCUGCUGUUGCUUCCACACUGUGGAGUGAAAAACCUAGCUCUAGACUGCAGGGCCGUUUGGUUUGCCCACUGUGGGUGGUUUCAGCACAACAUCGCUUGUUUUUCUGCGUCACUGAGAGGAUAGUUGCAGUUUAGAAGCGCGUAUAUUGAUGUUGCAGUCAAAAAAUAGCAGUGCCAGCCACGAUUCCGUGGUCCCUCUGAAGAACACUGCAGAGGGAAAACAUAGCUCGAAACUGUGCAGUGCUGAUUUUGUUAUUGGGAAAGAGGCUUCAAGAUUGGCAGAGCAUGAUUCUCUGUGAAAUUGCGGUAUGUCGGGAAGGUUGGGCUCAAGACCAUAGGGCCAUUGAUUUAUUUGUACUACUCAGUGUGGCAAACGUAGCACUGCUUGUUUUUUGUCUUGGAUUUGGAUGUGAAUGAGCAUAAAUGAGCGUCAGCUUCAGGGAUCAAAGUGCCAUUGAAACCUGCAAUCCAAAAGGAAGGGUAAUCAGUUGUAGAGGUUGUUUCCCAAAGGCUUUUUGAACUACUGGUGGUAGUGCCAGCACAAUAUCCUUUGCCAAAGCUGUUGUCCAAGGCAAGUAGUGGUAGCCUUGAAGUGUAGCAGGGAAAGGUCGCUUUGUAUGGCAGAAGCAUUCUCUGGGUCAAAUAUUGAAUUUGAAUCUCCCAUGGCACCGCACUUAAAUUCGCAGGAUCUGCAUUGAGCACCGUGAAGAUUUAAAACCGAGCUUUGCACCUUCCCUUAAGAAACUGCACCUUUGGACACUAUGGAACUGUGUACACUACUAACUGUGUUCAUCAACGUGCUUUCUUCUAUUCUGUUAAGACAUCAACAUUUGAAAAGGGCAGAUUGUUUUCCUUGUGCAUCAAAUUCAUACAUCCUCAUUUGUUUUGAGGCCACUAGCUUUUGCAUCAUUGAGAUGCAUUUACUGCCAGCACAUUUUUUUAACUGCCUCUUUUAACACCCUGUCAGCGAACAAAUACCAGUUAUCACUGCCUACUACAUUGGAGUGCAUUGCACAUAACAGUUUUAACACAUACAAAGAUCGAAGAACAUGUUAUGUUGUCUAGAGAAACGCCUACUGUUCCUGGAUAGCUUAGAAAUGAAUUCAGAUGCUUUGUCUACAUUAUUUUCUUUGCCAAACAUUAUUACCAGCUGCACUUUUCCUUGUUUUACGAUUAUACAUAGCUGCGAGCUACGAGAAAUGACACAGAUUGUAUACCACUAGUUUCAAGAACGAAUCUUUAUUUUCUUUUAUGUUUUAGCAGAAAUAGUGGAGUUUAUCAGAGUACUGCACUCAUCAAAAUGCCUGUAACACUGCCUUUUCACCUAUUCGCAUGACUGUUUAGGCUUGCUUUUUAGUAUAAAUGGAAAACUGCUAAAAUGAGUGUUAAAUGGAAAAAACAUAACCCUUGGUGAGUUCUGCUAUUCUAUUUGCUAUUUAUAUUAAAAGGCCUAUUAUUUAGUGACUAGCCUAAAGUUGGCACAAUUUCCUUUCGUUUUGUCCAUGCGGUUUGUCUCAUUGGAAGAAUUUGCUCCAGAAGAAAACAAAAACUGCAGGGACAAUUUUUCUGAAGACUUGUAAUUUAUGUUUAUGCACUUCAUUACUAUUGAUCAUCUUUCUCUGUUUAUGUUAAAAUCAAUAGCUUUGAACUUGAUACAAAGUUAAUAUAACUUAUAAGCCUUUGUGUUUUAUUGUCCGAUGAUCACUUCUUUCACAAUUGUUUUUACUCGCCAAGUUUGAGUUAUCUUGACAUUCCAUCAUUAAUUCCUCACGCAAACAGCCAGGCACCCUCGUCAGUUGUACGCUAAUGUUCCAGUGCGUUCAUUCAUUGGUUAAAUGUUUACAAGAAAGCCUAGAGAAAAUGGGAUUUUUGAAUGUGGGUACCAAGGGAUGAAUGAAUUGGUGCUGUAUACGUAGUUCUUGAGUUUUAAUUAAGUGUUAACACCGAAAUUUUGAAUCUGAUAAUCACAUGAAAUAUAGAUCGAAAAUCUACAAAAAUUUUCGAUUCAGCUGAGCCAUAACACUAAUGUUGCAUCUAAUGCAUAGUGCAUGCAAAUGGAUCUGUGCAUCAAAAUAUGUCAGUUUUUAUUAUUAUUUGAAGUGACAAAAGUGCACGCAAGACUUCGUGAAAUAAAUUUAAUAGAAAAUUGUUAUUUAUUGAAUGAGACAGGCAAAAAUUUAUCGUGUGAAAACUACAGCCUAAAUCACAUUAUGUGCAACAUUCAAUAUUUUCAACUGUAAAUGUAGACAAUGGCAGCAAAUAUUAAAUAGACCAAGGGCAUGUCGGUGAGGCUGUAUUGUAUCAACCUUUUUAAGUGUACUUGGAAAAGAGCAUUCCUGCUGGUUAUUUUUCUUUAGUUUUGUAAAGAAUGUUAAUGCGUAAUGGUUAAAUGCAGGGCAUUAAAAUAAAUGGAAGGAAUAUACAGCACGUGCAGUUGAGGAGUGUACUAUAACCAAAUUUUACUAAUAUGUUUACUGUUCGUUAUUAGUUUCAAAGCUUUUUCUUUUUCAUUUCUCUCUAUGAAGGCUUGUUUGUUUGUUGCCCACAUUCUCAACAUUCACAGGUGUGCCUUGGCAACGAGUGCCAAUAAGUGUUCAUUUCUUGCCACUACCGCUUCAUAUACCUUGAAGAAUGUGUUGGCACAAUGCCAGCCACAAAUAGUUGAUAUCAAAUUACUUUUCAGGAUGUAAGAAGCUAAAUUUAGAUGCCCUGAUGCUUUAUUGUUGUGCAAUACUGCUUCUUGCCUAAGUGCAAUAGACUUGCCCAGAAUGUCACUAAUUAUGCUUGAUUUCUAGGCACCUUGUGUUUCCUAAAGCAAGCAGUGAUACAUCAGAUUCUUUUUAUAGAAUAAUAGUUGUUUCUCAUUGCUAGCCAUUUCAAGAGAGAACAAUUUUCUGCUGACAGCUAAUAGUACAGACAAUACCUGUUAUCUGGUGAAUCAAACUAAACAUGGGGCACCGGAAACACUGAAACACAUUAUGGCGAAGCAGCCUAAAUGGGAAAAUUGAAAGAAUGAACAGGACAAUGCACAGACUAUUAAUGGACAUCAGCAUAUACUGUGCUAUAUCGAAUAAAAAAAAAAUAUGGUUGAAUUAACCGGAGCCAAAUUAUCAAAAGUCUACUGUACCACAUUGGGUUCAGCAGCCCAUGGGAAGAUCUUUGAAGGCCUUCAGUAGGAGGCCUUUGUUGGAUGCCUUUCCUGGAGGCCUUCAACAAAAGGUUAAAUUUAUUCAGUUUUCUGUUGUUAUAUGGCUUUUUACCCCUAGUUGCUUUAUUUUUUCCGCUACCCUUCAAACUGUUUUCUACUUUUACGUGUUAACUUUUUGUGAAUAUUAUAACAUUGCACAAGUUAUGACAUACUGAUUGUAGAAGAUGGUAAAGCCUGUUUUAUUGGCCAGAUAUAGCACCACGGAAUGUCGAAACACAUGAAUAAUCCCGUCCUAGUAUUCUUCACUGCACUACCCUAGUAAAAUCAGACAAAAAAUUUCGCUUAAGGUAACACAUGCAAGAUAUGGGAACUCGAGCUGAACUCUCUUAUGCAUUUCAACAGGGAAACAAACUAGCCUGUCAUCAUGUCCUUCCUAGAUUUAGUAGUAUUAUGUUUCGUGAACUAUGGCCAUUGAACAAGAGAGUGUAAGGGCCUUGCUAUUAGUAAUCGGUAAAAUGCUUGGGUUGACCCCAAGUAACUGUUCUUUAAUACACAAAUUUUACCUUUGUGUAUUGUACAUUGCAGCUAAGCUGCUGGUUCUCGCAUUGUACUGUACUCUUUUUGCUCUACCAUCAUUUACGUGCAACUGACGAAGUGUGUAUGCUGGUUCUAAAGGCCCCUCCAUUCCAGAGGGUUAGGCCUGACAUAUGCAAGCCCAGUUAUGUCUAAAGGCUCUUUGCGGAAUCUGGAAUUCACACUAGUGCUAGUAGUAAUUUCCUUUCGAUUUUAUAGGUGUUUCAAUCAGCAUUACCUCUUUUUUUUGUGGAGGUGUUGCUCUGGUUUUGUUUUGGUGCGUGCUUCUCGUUAUUGUCGCUUAGAACAUGCGAACAAAAAAAAAAAGGUGCAGUUUCUGAACACCCACAGUGGAGAUGGUUGCUAAGACUAUGUCCACUGCCUGAACAUGAGCGCGAGUAGAGUUGAUCACAAUGAGUGUAGAGACUGCAUGCUUCAGGCUCAAGCUGCACUCUAUGGCCGGUAAAGCUUUCCUAACAGUACUAGUAGUUGAUGGUUUUGAAUUGCUAAUAUUUAUGAUUUAGUAAUUUAUGCCCUCCAUCUGCAACAUGGCUCAAGUUAAAUGCUUGGCAAACAGUGAACAGCUUUACCAGUAUUUCCAACUUGAAGUUUACCUAAUUUAUUGUUUUAUAUACAAGAUUUUAUGUGCUUAUAGAUUGCUGCCUUGUUUUUGUCUCUAAAGCUAGUUACACUUGCUAGAAAUUAAUAAUUUCAGCAGAUUUAAAAGGUAGUGAAAAAAAAAAGGGAAUAUGUGCUUUUGUAAUGCGUUUUUACUGUCAUUUGUUGUUUGAGGUAUGUGAUAAGUUUAAUAAUUUUUAACCUUUUCGUGGCUCAUCACAUACUGUUGGAUAGCAUGUCAAAACUAAAGAAAGUCAUUGUAUGCUUGUGUUUGGGUCUGCUCACUUGCAUCUGUGGCAUUCUUGGUCUUAUUUUUCAGACGCGGUUGUGUUCUUGUUUUAUUGUAAUGCACAGAAAUCGCUUGUAAACUUGUUUAAGAAGCAAUGAAAAUCAAAUGACAUGGUAACAUUUUUUGGCGUUAUGAUCCUGCACGACAUAGCAACAGUUAAUGUCAGUUUUUUCAUCACUGCCUGAGCUAAAUGGUUUGUGCUUAUAAAGCUGGAGGGACGUUGAAGUGAAGUUAAACUUGAUCAAUAAAUUAAGUUUGCAAUACCAAAAACAUUAGUCUUGCUGUGAGUAGAGGCUGUCCGACUAAGGAAUGACGGGUUGCAACAGUGCCUGAAAUUUCCUGCUCCAACUAACAGUAAUAUCAGUAAGUUUGAGUGCCUGCUUAGGACUAGUUAAUUAUUUCUGUAUAGGAUAACUGCCUAACAUUCUAAAAUAACCCAAGGUCACAAUGUAGCCAUUUUUGGAAGGUAAUUCUGUGCAGAAACUGGCUCGGGUGUGAAAAAAAUACGGCUGAAGUCUGUAACAUAAGACUCAAAAUUCAAGGAAGGGAAGUUUAACCUUCAUUUUCUUUGCUAGUAAUCGUCUUUUUUUUUUUUUUGCUUAAAAAUUUAACUGGAACACUGUUUUGAAACGGCAUUUUAUGACUAACAGUAAAAACUAGUUUGUGAAAGCUUUCAGUGUUCUUUUGAAUGAUUCCCAAAAACUGCUUGGUCCGUAAGCGCACUUUUCACUGUGGCUUUAGUGAGUGGAACGUUGAGUGCAUUUUACAAUGGGCAUAACUACAGGCAAAACAUGGGAACUACGCAGCAACAGCAGCAGCAGUGAAGUAAAAAAAUAGUUAUUCUAAGCAGAGCUCAGACAAGCUAGUCAGCAUACAUUAAGAGAGUCUUGGUUGAGGCUCUUCAGUCUGUAAUCUCUGCCACUUUAGAGCACCUUUCUGUGUGACGCUUUCAUAAGCAGCACAUAGGAGGUCCUAGCAGUGUGAUAUGGACCAUGUAUGUAAACGAUCUACACGAGUCUGGUGUGCAUUUUCGCCCGUGGAAGCGCACACAUACAAUGAAACACACCUCACACAUGUGAAGCCGCAAGUGUCCUUUUAGAUGUUUUAAUGUAAUUCUCCCUUUUUUCCUUUUAACGUGCAGUGUUUCGAGAUUGAAUGCAUAUGUGUGGCGAAAGCGUUGUCAGCCUCCAGGAGAGUUUGGUGGCGUCUGAGAAUUGAUGCUUGUUCAAGCAGCCUGUCAGAUAUCACGUUGCGCUGCCAAUGAUUGUAACAGUAAGUAGUCACUGCUUCCAUGGCAUUAGCCAUGUUCUGGAAAGCUUCAGUCACAGCUUAUCAUCUGAAGUGUACAUUUCAAAUUGUGCUUCUUCGACAGUUUUGUCAGUUUUGUGUGGUCUAGCCAGUCUCCUUAAUUUUUCUCAAGUUUUCAGGCAUCAGCUAUAUUAACAAACAGUGCUGAAUUGUGAGUGUUCAGAAUGAAGAAAAUUUGCCUCGAAAGCAUUUCAGAGCCUUGUGUUGUACAGAAUUUUUUGUACACCUACAAACCACGAACAAAAGCACCUUUGUAUGAUGCCUCCAGUCCAGUGAUGACUCUUAACCAAUAGUAUGCUGUGUAGUUCAUGUCAUGGUCUCAGUUCCCUGAAACUUGUACAGAUAAAUGUGUCUGUCAGGGCUCGCGGUUCUACUCUGCUGCAAUAAGACGGGAGUGUGACUUCAUCUGACCUUGCAGUGUCUGUUUCUAGUGUUCUGGGCUCUGACAUGAGGCCACAGAAGCGUGCAAUUUACAUGGCUUUAGUAUUUACUAAAUGUCUGUCUGGGCAGCUCAAGUGUGAUGGAGUCACAAUCCAAUCUUGCCAUAUUUGGAGCAGCACACUUGUAAGUGAGAUCAGAGAUGUGGCUGGACUAACUUCCAGUACAGGAGCAUCAAGCAAAGUCCAUCAGCGCCUGUUUGAACUAAUCGUACUCCGCGCUUGCACUUGCAGAACACAGGCUUUUGCCAUAUUCUAGCCGUGUAUGCAGCAUUCCAACAGUGAAAAUGUCCGGUAGUGUUCUAUUGCCAGUGAAAGUAGCAAUGUUUCUGAAGUGGCACUAUACUUCUCAUUGUGCCAACCAAAGCAAAGAAUUGAAACGAAAAGGCCUUGAAGUUUGAGCUGCUGCUAUUAUGUAGCAUGUGUUGGUGUGAUUUGAAUGGUGCUGUUGGUCUGUAAAGUAUCUGGUUGCAUCUCUGCUUCUCACCCUCUGUUAUACACAGCUAGAAUCUGACUUCUGCUUUGACUCCACUGAGCAGAGGGCAGCACUACGUGAUUGAAGUAUCCACUAUUUUUCUAUAGUGCUUCUUGACAAAUACUGAGUUACUCUUUUGAUGGGGUGCUGUUGCUAUCUGCUUAGACACUUAGAUGUAAGGGUGUGCCUCAGGCAACUGUUUGUUGCAGAAAGUGCCAAGAAACAUUGUUCCAGCACAGUGAGGGACAUCAUUCAAAAAGCCUAAGCUGCCUUCUACUCAGCAGAGACCAGACAGGAAUUAGAGUAGGGCUGUUUUGAUCAUGGGACCUUGAUAGUGCAGAGCAAAGCACAAUUGCUCAGAUUGCUUUAUAUUUCUAAUUUUUUUUGUAAUUGAGCAGCAUUUGUGCUAGGAAUGUGCGAGAUGGCUCAGUAUAAUUGUUUCUUCUUUGGCUGAAUAACAUAGUUGUGGGAACACAGCCAUCUCGAAGGACUGUGCUUCCUGCCUACUGUUCAUGUACAGCAAAGUGUUUGCAAGUGAUUCCGAAUCAUUCGUGCACGUGUGUUGCUAGUAUCUGCGUUGCUCUUGCAUUGUACAAAGGCUGUUCUUUUUUAGUGUGAGAACUCUGUAAAUACACGUGUGUGUGCAUGUGCCUGUUGAGAAGUGGCGUGUUUCAGAGUGGUGGUAAUUUUCUUUUCCUUGUGUACUGUGUAUGUAGAUGUUAUGCUUAAACUGUGUGUGAGUGGUACUAUAUACAUAUUAUACAUAAAGAUAUAUAAAUAUGUGAACAUAAAAUAUACAUAGCUUUUUCUGUGUUGCUACACAGAGAACAAGUGUGUUUGUUUGCUGAUGUACUUGUUCGAACCUUCCACCUUCGUUUCUGUGUCCUAUGUUCACUGUUAUUUGCAGAUUAUGAGAAAGGAAGUUUUCGCGGAUGAUAAUAGGGAGAUGUUUCUAAUAAAUCACUUCAGCGAAACAA